CGGUCAAGCGGUCAAGAAGAAGGCGUGUGUGAUUUGCGUGUAUUGAUUGUCCUACGAAAUAUGUUUCACCGGUAUCAUGCAGGGCGUGUCCCGACAACGUCGCCGCUUGUUUUCCAAUAGGAAGGUACGUGCACCCCGUCAAGCCAGAAGGUGCACAUAGGUUUCAGCAACACAUCCAUAAGAAGAAGCCACAUUACUUUCGUGCCGAACUGAAAAGACUGUCGCCUUUUUGUAUACGAAAAGAAGUGUUCGAACUAAAGGAUAGUUGCUUUGAUGCGAUGACUUUCAAAAGAAUAAUGCGCACUGUUAUCAUACCUUCCUCUUUCUCUUUGAUUAUGUCGUCUCUGAGGUCUGGCAGCAGUUGUAACAGCCAUAUCAAGGUACAUGCUGUACGUAUGUGCUUAGUAUGGAUUACAACUCAUAUCGUUGCCAAGCGGUCUUUUUACAACAACUGGGCAAAGCAAACCGACACAACGGUUGGACUAACUCUAUCGACUCCAACGACAGCAGCCCACAGAAGCAGCAGCAUCAGAGAAGAUGACAAUGUCAAGUUUAAAAGAGAUUACGCGAUGGAAGUGCGUCAAACAACUUUCUGGGCAAAGCAGCUUUGAGUGCCGCGGCGAAGUUCUACUCUCCAUGCUGCAAAACCGAAUAAC